GUUGGAGUGCAAUUUCUUGUCGAUCGCACGAUUUCCUAGCUAUGACAGCCAUAUAGAGCUAUUACUUUUGGAUGUGGACAGAUUUUUUUGCUGGCAGAUUUUGUUGUCAUUUUAUCAAUGCAAACUGCAGACCAGUUGAAGUUUAUGAUGGACACACGUGUCAAUCAAAGAGGGACCUCAAACCCAGAAUCUUCCUCCAGGCAGAAGAAAUUGUGGAUUAUAGUGUACUUCCCUAGUGAAGAUGCCGUCAGCCACCCAAUCAGCCUACAGGAGGUGGAAACCUUGAUGGGGGACACAGGGGAACAAGCUGGACUUGGAGAGGGAGACACAUGCCUGGCCCCGUACUUUGUCGGGGAUAGACUCCACACAGCAAAGAUAAUAAGAUGCACUGGGAACAGAAUACAGUUGCUUCAUGAAUAUGCAAAGUUUCUGAACUUAAGGAAGAAAACUGAUGGAGACUUCCUCGCAGAGAAAGAGGAGGAUAUGAUGGAAACAGUAGAAAAUGAAGGCUCCAUUUGGAAAUAUGCUAAAGCUGUUGGAGGUGGCAUUGCUGUAGGUGGAUUGACAGUUGUGGCAGCACCACUUGUUCUAUCAGCAGGUGGUGUAAGUGCUGUGGUAGCAGCCACUGUCAUGACUAAAGCGGUGCCUGUCCUAGCCUUGACUGCAGCAGGAGGUGUGGCUGUCAGGGAAAUGGUCACAGAAGAUCAACAAGAAUGUACCAAGUCUGAUGAGAAGCACAUAUCUACUUCUACAAAGACGACCAAGAAAACACAGUCUUCACAGAGCUCAGAAGUCAAAGUAAAGAACCACUCAGCAAGCAUGUUGUCUGGGGCUGGGCUCCGGUCAGCUGUGCGGGGGGUGUUUAGCUGGUUCUCAGGGACAUCGGAGGAAGAUGAUGAUAAAGAUUCCAACCCUGUUAACACUGCCAAGGACAAAACAGAAGACAAUUCUAUAUUAAUAGAUUUUAGUGAUGAUGAUACCAAGGACUCAACAGCAGGAAGGUGCACUCCUGUAAGCAGCUGCACGCUAGGCCUGACACAUGACAUGGAGGACAAUGGUCGAGACUGGCUGACUCUGGAGAACCAGCGACUGUGGGAGGAGAGAGUGUGUAGGGUUUGUAAGGACAAUGAAGUGGCUGUUCUUUUUGACCCCUGCGGACACAUGUGUGCCUGUCUCGACUGCUCAGCUGUUCAGAGAUGGUGUCCCAUGUGUAGUCAGUUCAUCAGUGUUCAUCACAGAGUAUACAGAACAUAACUAUUGGACAGGUACUCUUCUUAGUGAACUAUAGGCAUGUUAGAAAUAUCAAACAAUGAUUAUGUGAUUUGGGGGGUCACUACAAUGAUUUAGCUACCUGGGGAAUAUAAUAUUUUGGGCUCAGGGAAAAUUGUUCUUGGAGGGUUGUGAGAUCAUCAUAUUAACCCCUAAAAAUCCUCUGCAUUUCAUUUAGGGAAUUUUGCAUAGCAUUUCCGACAAUUUUUUUUUUUCAUUCCCAACAUUUCUUUUUUUCAUUUCCAGAGUUUUUGCAGGGUCACUCUUCAGCAAUUUAAUGUUAACGAAGUAGGUGGAAAUGGAUUUUUAAAAGAAUUUAUUUCAAACCACAUUUUCACAAUAAAAACAUAUAGUAGUAGACCAUAUAUAUAAUGUCACAUAUAUAAUUUACAUUUCAAGGAGAUGAGUGAAAGUUCACAACACUUAUAUGUGUGUACUUGUGCCUCAGGGGAAAAAAAAUCUUUUUAUUUUCACUUCAUUGAUAUCUAAGCAAAACUCAUUAUUUGGAUUUCAAUGAUUUAUUCUUUCAUUUUUUAAUUUCAUAAGUGAAGUCUUCAAUCCUGCUUUCUUUACCGAAAAGUACUACCUGAAAAUGUCGGAAAUGAAAACUAUAAAAUGUCGGAAAUGAAAAGUUGAAAAUUUAAAAAAAUUCUGGAAAUGAAAUGCGCAGCCUAAAAAUCCUGCAAUAAUUGUUUUAUCAUAUGAUCAAUGAUUAAGGAAAAGUUGCCAUAUUUCUUACUUGUUUACUUCUGUUGAAGACCUAGCUCAACUCAGAAUUCCAUUUGAAACCAUAUAUAAAAUGAAAUAAAUCAUGUCAAUUUGGAAUUUCCAUCUAGUUUAGACCAGUGUAGAAAAAAAUUCAAUGUGGUGGUUACUUAGAAGAUAGGUUACAGGUGAUUUCUAGAUUGUUGAACUUCAGCCAGUCAGUCUCGUAUUAAACAUCAUUUCUUUUUAAUUUUUGUUUAAAUUGAAAUAUUAAAAGAAGUACUUAAUUAAUAUGCUUUGAUUAAUGUAAGUAGGAAAUGUGUAGAUUUUUCUGUGCUGUAAUGAUGAUAAGAGAGUUGCAUACAUUGAAACUUAAGGGACCAGAUUUAAAGAAAACAUCUUCGUAAAAAAAAAAAAAAAGAAACAAACAAAAUUCUACGGUUUUUCCGGUGAAUUAAUUUUCUUUAAUUCUGGUGCUGCUUGUUGAAGUACGUGCCACAAAAUGCUAGCAAAAUGUGUUGGUAAUUUUUUUAACACUCCUGUUAUUUUGAAUACCCAAGGAUAAUUUGUCUUAAGAUGAUGGAUCAGUAAGAGAUCUUAAUGUUGUGUAUUGUAGCAGUAAGACUAUGAUUGCUUGUUGUGUACACUUAAUCUUAUUUACGUUUACAUUAAGAUCAUUUGUUUUUAUUCAUUUUGUACAGUGAAAGCUUCUAGCUUAUAUAAAUGGUGCCCCUUAUAAAGUUGCUUUUUUGUGAAUAAUUAUCAUAAAUGUGUAAAAGACUUUGUACAGGAUUUGUUCACAAAAGAUUACACAAUACAAGUUUUCUCUCUCAGCUAUAUGUAAGCAAGUGUCAUGUUGUCUUUGAUUCUGUGAUGAGUACAGAGUAUAUUUGUAAAUAUUUUAAUGUGAUACUGGAUAAAGUCCAAUCAUGCUCACAUGCCGUGAUAAAAUGAACUUGUUCCUCUUAAAUACAUGUGUAAAGUAAAAUGAUAAUUAUUAUGAAUAUGAUAAUCAUACUUUUGGCCAUUACUACUAUACGACCUUGACAACUUGCUCUUGCCCUAUCAAAUAUGUCCUUAAGUUAAAGUCUUGACAUACUGUAGAUCACUAAAUUUUCGCGACGCCUUAUUUUUGCGAGAUAGUCAUUGACUCUUUAUUAGCGAGACAGAAUAUUCACAAAUUGUGGUUAUUGCUCUAUAUAAUCUUUAGGAAUACUUAUAUACACGAGAAUGAAAUUUUCGCAUAAAUACGCGAAAAUAAAGUUGUUAUAUGCGAAAAUAAAGAGUGAUUUACAGUACUUUUAAUUCAUCAACACAACCUACUUAAUGUUUUUUUAUGAGUUAGCUGUUCCUAAACAUUUCAAACAUGGCCCAGAAUUGAUUUCAAUAUCUCAUUGUCCAAUAGCCUUGAGUAAAUGACCUUGAGUGACAAUCCUGACAUAUUUAUGGAUCAGCAGCAGUAACUAUAUUUAGUAUGAGUACAUUCCAGACAAGGGUUCCAGAUUUGUAGUUUUGACAUGAUUGUGCUAUCUCAUUGUCUAGUGACCUUGACCUUUGAGAUUGAUUUUGAAUCGACAUCAUGACUCUUUAGAUCCUGAACAGCAACACCUUGACCUUUGAGAUUGAUCUUGAAUCGACAUCAGGUCCUGAACAGCAACAUACUUAAGUUUAAAUUCGAUCUAAUUAAGGGUUUAAAAAUUGUAGCCGGGACAUGUCUUUAUGACUGAUAGAGGUAACAUUUUCAGACUGUUUUUUCUUCUGUUGUUAUCUAGAUGUUUUACAUUCACUCUGCUUUUGGAAUGUGGGUAUUUAUACAUGUAGUUACAGAAGUGCUUCUAUAAUUCUCAUUGCUGUGCCAUAUUACCAUUGAUAUUCCUUGUGUUUACAUACUACAUGGGUAAACAUAGUUUACUUAGCGUAUUUACAUAAAUGAACUGGGUUUCCCUUGCUUUGUACAUGAAUGUUCAUUAUUGUACAUGUAUAUUGUUUGUUUUUGGGUACUACUGUACAUUUUUUGUUUAUUUCUCAGUGAAGCCAUAUUUAGUAAUGAAUGCAUAACCAUAAUGAGAUUAUUACUCCAUAAAGUUAUAAAUGAUAUACUGUAGAUGAUGCAGACACCAAAUUUUUGCGACAUUUUAUUUUUGCGAAAAAGAUAUAUAUGAUUUUUAAGCAAGACGAAAUUUUCAUGAAUGUUUGAUAUUGUUGUAAGUAUUCUUUAAUAAUAAAAAUAUACGCGAGAAUGAAAUUUUUGUAAGUACUAGGUCUUGCGUAAUUAAGUGAAAAUAAAGUUCUUACAAAUAAGCAGUGAUUUACAGUAAUUAAUAUAGAGAAGAAUGACUUUAUGUGUAUAAGUUUUUUAAGCCAUACAAAGAAACAGAAAAAAAAUUAGAUGAAAAUGGAAUAUCUCCCUUUGAAUCUUUAUUUACACUGUUACUGGUAAAAGACAAGGAGCAGCUUAUUGCCAUUUUUAUUGUAGAUUUUACAAUAUUUUCUGUUGACAUUUAUAUUUGUUGUUGAACUAAAUUUAUUUUCUAUAGCCUAGCUAGGUCAUUGCCUUAUGAAGGUUUUAUAAAAACCAAUUUUAAUUUAUUUUUACUUGAGCUUACUCUGAAAGUCUAAGACUUACAAAACUUUCUAUAUGUGUCAGUGUCAAACCCGGUGGUUAUAUUUUUUUCUCUGGCUUAUAUUAAUAAACAGAUCAGAUCUGA